GUCAGUCUCAGCAUUCUGCGCAGCGCCUCACAACACUACACCACGAAUGGUGAGAUCAGAAUAUUACAGCUUCUAGAAAACUUGCAGUUUGUAGUUAGGUCUUAUCAGCACGGUGGAUAGCAAUACAGCAGCAGGAACUCCUAUUUUCAGCAUCGUGGUCAGCAGCAAAGCGGAGAGCUUCGGGUUUCAGCACCGCGGCAGCAACAGCGCGGGGGCGCCCUGCUUUCAGAACCGUGGACAGCGGCACAGCAGGCGCGCUUCAUCUUUCAGUACGGCGGAGAGCGACAAGACAAGCGCGCUUCUGUUUUAAGAUCCGUGGAAAGCGACAGCGACACAGCAGGCGCGCUUCUAAUCUCAGUGACGAGGACGUUUUUGGAGAGGCGACGGUUCCACCGUUCAGUACCUUUGGACAAUAACAUUGCUGUGAGCGCUGCUGCUUCUGGCUUUGUAGAUAACACAAUAGAACUGAAUCGGUAAUUCGAAAAACAUAAUGCACAAUAACGGCGAAGGGUUGCCCUCUCCUCGGGAGAGCUGUAUAAAUGGCUGCGGCCAGCAAGUCGUUUCUGCGGCCCCGCAGAGGAAGGAGAGUGGCCCGGAAUAUAGUGCCGAAGAGGACCCCAAGCAAAUGGAGCCACUAGUGGUGAAAAAGGCCAACCGAGAAAUACUGGACCACGAACGGAAAAGAAGGGUCGAACUCAAAUGCAUGGAGCUUCAGGAGAUGAUGGAAGAACAAGGGUAUACCCCGGAAGAAAUUCGUCAGAAAGUUGGGACUUUCCGACAAAUGCUGAUGGAGAAGGAAGGGGUGUUAACCAAGGAGAAUCCACAAGAACGUUAUAUUAUGAAAAGGAAAUCAAGCAGUUCUCCUUCACCACCGCCUAAGAAAAAGAAGAAGAAAUCAGGACACUACAAAAUCCGCUGUGAAAGUUCAUCAUCGUCACGGAAAGAGAGAAAAAAGAAGAGUGGAAAGAAACACAAGAGAGACAGGUCUGAUUCAGGUUACAGGAAAAAGAGGAGGCAUAGGUCUACAAGCCCUAAAAGCAAACGCAAAGACAGGAGCAAACAAAGAAGGCGGUCACCCAGUGAGUCACCACCUCGGAAACCGCACAAAGCACGGAGCUGUUGCAGCUCUCGCAGUGUCUCUGCAUCGUCUGUAUAUAGCACUUCCAGAUCUCUCAGCAGUUCCCACAGCCCAUCGUCAGAGCCCAGAAGAUCACAUUCCAAAAACAAACACAGUGCUAUGUCCAGACAACCGAAGAGUCACAUAAGUGAGCGAAAGCCUUGUUGCACUCGAUCCAGUCCCAGUCAGUCUCCUCUGCAAGACCGACGCAACCGAUCAGUGACUCCCAGGGAGAACGGACACAAGGGCCCUUCGUGGAGUGACAGACACAGACAUCCACCAAACAGAUCACAGGAUAGCACGGACUCCAGGUCAUUGUCCCCAGGAAAAGAGCCCAGGUCUGCAUCAAAGUCUCCAAAGGUGAAGGACGGCAAGCACUCGAAGCAUAACUCCAGGAGUUUCAGGUCCAAAUCCCCCGGCCAUAGCAGGAGAUCCUCCGCCGAGGGCAGGCACGCAAAGCCCAGAUCAAGGUCAGCAUCCACACACAGGGGUUCAAGCCGACGGAAGUCGAGCCUACCAGCUCACAAAGCAUCUUCUCGCUCCCCAAGCCAAUCAGACUUCAGCAGUGACUCUGCAGAAUCUGUCGGCAGCCGAUCACGAUCGCACCAUACAUCAGGCCGGAGUAAACGCGCACGAGCAAAGAAGUUAAGGCAGGCACCAAGUCGCCACCGUCGAAGGCAUUACACAAGGCGGAACAAGAGCCGCGGCCACUCCCCAGGCAAGCAUGAGCAACUGAGCAGCCACAACGCCGACAAGAAGAAAAGCUCCUCCUACAGCCCCAGGCACAAGAGCAGCUCCAGGAGCUCCAGCACGUCCCUGUCCCGCUCGUGCUCGCGGUCGCACGACAAGAGAGACGGGCGGAGCAAGUCACGGUCGUCGCCUCGCAAGGAGCAGUCCAGAGAAAGGGAUAGCGAUAUGGGAGCGCGACACCACGACUCUGAAGUAGAGAGGCAUCGGCGCCGAUCAAGAAGCUACUCACCCAUUAGGAAGCGAAGGCGAGAUUCGCCUAGUUUCAUGGAGCCCCGUCGGAUUACAAGUGCACGUAAGCGGCCUAUCCCAUACUACAGGCCCAGCCCUUCGUCACCAAGCUCCCUCAGCAGUUACUCCUCCUACAGCCGAAGUCGGAGCCGCAGCUAUGACAGUUACAGCUCCUAUAGCCGGAGCCAGACUAGGAGCAGAAGCCGGAGCCGGACUCGCAGUCGGACAGCCAGCUACAACAGUCGUACCAGCUCAGAAAGUACGGGCUUUUAGGAGUGGGUCUGAACAAAAUACUGGCACAAAUAAAACUGAGAGUUACAACCGUAAGUAUCAGCUACUGACUCAUUUUCACAAUAGGGGAUGAGAAACUGCAAGCAUCAGUAAACCCAGUAGAUCAGUGCAACCAGAUUUAUAUUAUAACAAGUAUAUAUUUAUAUCAAGAUGGCCACGAUGUGUUCUUGGUCCCAGGCUUACAGAUCAUUCAGCACUGAUGAAAGGCAGUGCAUAACAAUUUUGCAAUCUUAAAUCUAUCUCCAUCCUGUAUUUCUCUGGUCAACAUCAUUCAGGAGUUUCGAAUUAUUUGGCUGGUGCUGGGAUUUAAGUGAAUAUGUUUUUUUUUUGUGAAAGAAAACUUCAAUUAUAAACCUCUGCAAAUGAAUUCUUCCAUGAAGUUACAUGAACCAAAAGUCAGCAGCUUCCUCCAAAUGAUAAAACAUGCAGCUAUUUACCAGCACUGGAAUUUUCAUUGGACAAAUCUUCAUGAGCUUCUGCGCAAAUAUUUUUUGAAGAGCCUCUGGAUAAAACACAUCAGAUGAACAAGUGGACAAGUCAGAAAGUUCUGCACCUGGUCUUUUUCUGUAAACGCCAGCUACGACUGUAGUCCGUUCUUAAAUUCCUCCAUCUGAACCAGUAACAAUGGGAGGGAAAUUAGGAUUAAGUCACUGGUUGCAAAAAUGGAAACUAUGCACUGUAAAUAGAGUACAG